AUGAAGACUUCGCAUGAUGUUGUGGUGCUGGGAGCGGGAGUGGCGGGGCUCACUACAGCCUUGGUCCUCAAGCAGCGAGGUCACGGAGUAACCAUCGUUGCCCAAAGCAUGCCGGGUGAUGAGUCUACAGACUAUGCUUCGCCCCGCGCAGGCGCUCACUGGCGAACCAUGGCACCCAACGACAAUCGCUUACUGCAAGACUUCGACAAGUGUUCGUACGAAAAGUUCUUGGAGUUUGGUCGGACCAUGCCAACCGACACCGGUGUAGUCAUUGUACCGGGAAUCGAUUACUAUGACAAUGCGAUCCCUGAAACCGAGGAUCCAUGGUUCAAGGAGAUGGUGAAGAACUUUGCAUUCAUCCCCACAAACAAAUUACCGAAAGGAGCCAAAGUCGGCCACAGCUAUACAACAGGUAUGGUCAACUGCACUGGAUUAGGCGCACGUCAGCUUGGUGGUGUGCAAGAUGCUGCCAUGUUCCCUACGCGUGGUCAAACACUGAUUGUUCAACCCACCACUCCGAUUCGAAAGACCAUCACCCAUAUUGGCAAUGGGUUUAUUCAUUAUGUGAUUCCUCGCUCGGAUGGCACCGUGGUUUUGGGUGGGACUUCGCAACCAAAUAACUUCGAUCCAAACCCUCAACAAGAAACAACCCAAAAAAUUCUUCAAGAAACCGUCCUAUUAUGUCCUGAACUCAAGUCGUGUUCCGUUUUGAAAAUAUCGGUCGGAUUCCGUCCAUCACGCCAAGGCGGCGUCCGCAUCGAGAACCAGUAUUACGGCAAGUUCAAAGAUCCAUGCAUUGCAAUUAUCCACGCCUCUUACACCAUGAUUUCAAAAAUAGACACAGCGAAACAAACCAAGAUCCUUGUGACCCAUGCCUACGGCCACGGCGGCUUCGGAUUUCAGUCAAGUUGGGGCGCAUCGGCUUACACCGCCGACCUUUUAGAACGCGGCCUACAUUCAUCCAAACUAUAA